AUGCUCAAGUCAAGGCUUAUUAGUGUUGCCAGAAGCUCAAGAGGGGUUACCAGAAGCUACCACUCGGUAGACCAUCCAACCUCAAAUCAAAUAGUCAACUCGAAAUCCGUCGAGUCCAAGAUAUUGACCAAGGCCUUGGACUAUAUUCCCAAAUUUGGAUUUGAAUCGAUAUGUAUAACCCAAGCCAUUAGAGAUAUGGGGUAUGCUGACUCCUUAGAAUCUAGUGUUACUAGCAACCCUAUUGGUACUCCUGAAUUCCAGUUGAUGUACCAUUGGCUCAAGGUGCAAAGACAGAACUUGGAACAACUUGUAGUUGAUCCCAAGAGUGAGUUUCACCAAAUCCGUGACGAGUACGACAGAGUCAGCUACUUGAUUAAAAAGAGAUUGGAAUUUAACGUGCCUAUCAUCAACAAGCUUGGAAAAGGGUUGGGACAGCUUGUUGUUCCUUACAACAUCAACAGAGGCAUGGAAGAGUUACAUAACUUGAGUGACGACAUAUCCUUUUAUGCUGGCGAUAGAUCAAAUGACUUCGCUUGGUACUCCAAAAGAUUGAGUUUGUCUUCGGUUUAUGUGAGCUCGGAGUUGUUCAUGUUACAAGACUCCAGUCCUGAAUUUAAGAAGACCAUGGAGUUUGUGGACAACAAAGUUCAAGGCAUAAACGAUUUGGGUAAUGCAUACAAUAACGUUGAGCAAUGGGGAUUGUUCAAUGCAAUCACCUUGGUCAACUUGAUCAAGUCACAAUUGCUCAGGGGUUGA